UCCCUAGUCUGAAUUCAGUGUUGGUUAAAGGCAGCAGAAGAAAAUAUGAGAAAAACUGAGGAAAAAACAAAACAAAAGUGCAAUAAAUAAUGAAAAAUACAACGCGCAAUAGCGGGCAAGGUGUAAAGCAUAUAACCCACAAUCGCAAAGGCCAGUAAGAGGCAAAAGCAGAACGAAAAAGGCAGCGAAAAAGAUACGAAGAUGAGCGAAGAAGAAGAGAAACGGCAGCAGCAGCAGCAGCAGUCGUGAGCAAUAAUAAGUUUUGUUCUGUGCGCGAGAGUGAGUGCAACGAAAAUAUAACAAAAUACACGAAAAUAAGGCAAAAAAUCAGGAAAAGUGAAGGAGAAGCAGCAUAAUAAAAGAUUGCUGAAAGUGCGCCUGGCCCACUCUUCCCCCUCAAACACACACACAUAUCCCCACAUCUUCUGCACCCAAAAAAAGUGUGUGCCUGUGUGUGUGUGUGUUCCUCUCUCAGUGUGCGUGUGUUUGUGUGUGAAAAACAAAAGCCAAAUCGGAGCAGAGGCAGACCGACCCCCUAAGAAUAACUGUAUAUCAAGGAAAUGCAAUAUAAAAGGGGAACGCGACGCCGUCGCUGAAGCCUGCUGCUGCGCCGUGCUGUAAUCCCCCUGCCCACAACCCCCCUCAAAUUGUGCAAAGGGGCAAGGGGUCAAAAGGCAACAAACGAAAUACAAAAAAAAGAGGUCAAAGGCGCAACAAAAAACGUUUUUGGCGGCGUGCGGUAACCAAAAGAAUACACAAAAAAAAGUGCCAAAAGCAGCUGAGAGAGAGCGCAAAAACCAAAAAGAAAAACACAAACGUCGCAGUUUUGCUUUAAAAAACAAUAAACGUGAGCCCCGCGCGUGUGUUUGUGCAAGCGAGCAAACAACAAAAAGAAGAAAAACACUUAAAACGACUCGACUCCAAUUAGAAGAAGCCGAUUUUUGUGUUUAAUCACAUAACAACAACAAAAACAACCGAAAAUCAAAGCUGGUUUUAGUCCAAUCAAAAUAUAACGUUUAAAUAAAAGCCAAUAGGAAUUCUAAACGGAAUCCAAUAACCAACACAAAAACGCGGCAAAGUAACAAAACGAGAAAAAUACGCAAAAAGAGUUAAACAAAAGCAACAACCAUAUAAGCAUCAGCAGCAGCAGCUGCGCGCCAAAAAAUAUUAAAUUCUUUUAAAUAAGAUUUCAAUCAAGAAAAGGCAGCAAAGGCAACAACAAGCUCAGAUCCAAUUGGAGUUGACUGGACACAGCGAGUGUGAGAGGGAGUGAGAGAGCGGGACUCCAAAUACCGACACAGAGAGAGAGUCGCGCUCUUGUGCAAGGGAAUUUUUGUUGUCUUAGCCGCGCGCUUUGCAUAACCAGCGGCACAAUGGCAAAUCCUCGCAAAUUCAGCGAAAAGAUUGCGCUGCAAAAGCAGAAGCAGGCCGAGGGCACCGCAGAGUUCGAGCGGAUCAUGAAGGAGGUUUAUGCCACGAAGCGGGACGAGACGCCGGCCACACAAAAGAUACUGGAGUGCCUGGGAGGUGGCCAGGAGGUGAGCAAUUCCUCGCCAGGAGCGGGAAACGGCUCGGGUGGCGGAGGAGGCAGUGGUUCUGGCAGCGGGGCCAGCGGCGGUGGAGCUUCGCCAGAUGGCAUCGCGGGAGGAGGAGGAGGAUCCCCGACGGCUUAUCGCGAGUCGCGGGGUCGCAGCGUGGGCGUGGGACCCAUGAGGAGACCCUCAGAACGGAAACAGGAUCGCUCGCCGUACGGCAGCAGCAGCACAACGCCACAGACGAUGGACAAUGGCCAGCCAAAUCCACACCUGCUGGGACCACCCACGUCGGACAGUCUGUGGCGCCGCUCCAGCUCGGAUUCGGCGUUGCACCAAAGCCUCAACAUGGCCGUGGCCGCCGAGGCGGGAGGCUUCGGCACGGACAUGAACGCGCUGCACGCCAACUACCUGCAGCAGUCGCCGCAACAGCAACAGCAGCAGCAGCAACAGACAGUCCACCAACGAUCUCACUCGCCGCACCACCACAUAGGACGCAGCUUCAGUCCGCAGGCACAGCGGAGAAAGCCGCCCCUGCUGCAGCCCCACCAGCUGCAGCUGCAACAACAGCAGCAGCAUCUCCAGCAGCAGUUGCAGCAGCAUCAGAUGCACCAGCAGCUGCAGUUGCAGCACCAGCAGCAGCAACAGCACCAACAUCUGCAGCAUCAGCAGCAACAGCAGCAGCAGCAGCAACAGAACACGCCAUACAACGCCAAAUUUUCCAACUCGCUGUUUCGUCCGCUCCAGGAUCAGGCCAACUACGCCAACACAGGCUCCCUGCCCGAUCUCACGGCGCUACAGAACUAUGCCCCCCAGCAACAGCACCAGCAGCAGCAACAACAACCACAACAGCCACCGCAGCAGCAGCAGCAGCAGCAACAACUGCAGCAAACCCUUUCGCCAGUCAUGUCACCGCACAAUCACAGACGCGACCGGGAUCAGUCGCCCAGUCCGUUUAGUCCAGCCGGAGGAGGAGCAGGAGGUCCCGGCUCGCCCUACCACCAGCAGCAGCACUCGCCGACGUCCGCCAAUGCGUCAGGGACGGGAACGGGAACAAAUAACACGACGCAACAGCCCUCCACAUCGCCUCACCUGUCGUUCACCAACCUGGCCACCAAUCAGGCGGCUGCGGCAAGCGGCACGUUCAGUCCGCUGCCCACCCUGGGGCCGCACAACAACUCUGCGUCCUCGGCCAACCUCACCGAUUACCGCCAGCCACCGAAUCCGCCUAGUCCACGCUCCUCGCCGGGUCUCCUGAGCAGCGUAUCCGCCACGGAUCUGCACUCGAGUGCCCCGGCCAGUCCCAUCCGCCAGCAGCAGCAGCAGCCAUCGCCGUCGCAGCAGCAGUCCCAACAGCAAUCCCAGCAGCAGCAGCAACCGCAGCAGCAGUUCGAUGCCUCCUACAACAGUCUGAAUACCUCGUUUCACAAUCAGUUUGAGAUCUUCUCGCUGGGCGACAGCAACUCGUCGCCGGAGCAGCAGGGAUUCGCCAAUAACUUUGUGCCCCUGGACUUUGAUGACCUGAGUGGCGGCGGUCCAGGCAGCAGUAGUGGCAAUGGAGGAGCUGGUCUGACCAACGGCUCCAAUGGUCCCUAUCACAACAAGGAGCUGCUGGACUUUAACGAGUUGAGCGGCAGUCCCGAGGGCGGGACGAAUAACAACAACCUGAGGAGGAUGAACAACAACCUGAACAACAAUGGGCACAGCAAUGGCGUGGGAUCGCCGCACAAUGGUAGCAGUAAUCUGAAUGGAGCCGCCAACAACAAUAGUAGUAGCACCGCUGGCGGUGGAUCGAAUGGCGGUGGUGAUCCUCUGACGAUUGCCGCCUCACCAAUACCCUCGCCAUUGGGAUGCCCCAGCUCACCGCUGCCCAUACCCAUGUCGGGACAGGCCUCACCGCAGCACCAACAGCAUCACCACCAUCAUCAACAACAACAGCAGCAGCAUCAGCAACAUCACCAGCAACAGCAACAACACCAGCAGCAACAGCAAUUGUCGCUCUCGUUGCACCACUCGCCACAUCACUCGCCGAUGCAUUCGCCACAUCACACGAACUCGCCGCUUUCAAGCAGCUCCCCAGUGAGCAAUAACGCCUGCAACACAAAUGUACUACUGAUGAACCACCAGCAUCAACAACAACAGCAGCAGCAACACCACCAGCCCCAGCAGCAGCAACAGCACCACCAUCAUCACCAUCAGACCAAUGCAACCGCGAAUAUACCGGCCAUCAUAUUCAGCGAUUACUCCUCCAAUGCGGACUUUUCACGGGAGAUCUUUGACUCGCUGGACCUGGAUCUCGGCCAGAUGGAUGUGGCCGGCCUGCAGAUGCUGUCCGAUCAGAAUCCCAUAAUGAUUGCCGAUCCCAAUAUCGAGGACAGCUUCCGGCGCGACCUCAACUGAUACUAUGAGGAGGCUGUUGCGGCCAUUGAGAGCGGAGUGCUGCUGGAGGAUACCUACGAGGCGUUGCUGGACUCCGUGCCGGAGUCUGUUGUCCCACCGCCCACCAACACCAUCAGCAGCAGUGCGGAGGCAGCAGCAACAGCCGCGGAUAGGGAUAAGAAGGAGCUGGAGCUGGAGACGAUCGAACAGCUCGUACCUGGGGUGAUGGAUGAUCUGGUUGACUCCAGCGACCUGGAUGAGGAGGUGCGAAACUUCUUCCUCUAGGUAUAUCGCCAUGUUUAUCGUUAUUGUUCUCGUUAUCGUUAUCGUCAUCGUCCGUGCUUUUGUAGUUAGCUCUUAAACAAACAAAAAACAAAACAAAUCGUUAACCCCUAAGUGUACUUGAGUGUCUUUUUACACCAACCCCAACCCCCACAACCCCACAGCAACAACAUCAACGCACCCCUUAAAGGAAGAAGAGAUAAAAUAUUAAACCAAUUUUUACAGCGAGUCUCAGAUUUUACUUAACUACGCACAUAAGCUCACUCUUUAAACACCUCUACUUAAACUCUAAUUUCUGUAUAUAACAAUAUCUUAAACAAGAUUUAAAAAGAAAAGUAAACAACAAAAACCCGACUAAGGAUUGAAACCAAAAAGUGUCUUAGACCAACGACCAAAAUUAUAUUCUCUAUACAAGAAGGAAAGAUAGAACGAAGCCGGGAAGCGGAAGUGGAAGCGGAAACGGAAACUAAGAAACAAUUCCUGUACAUUAUCCAACUAUUCUAGCUAUGCAGAUAUCAAAUCUAUACCUUUUGCCAGUCUUCUAUUCUGUUAACGAUCCAGCAACAAGGUACAUAAACACACACCUAUUAUAUAGAAGUGUAAUGAAACCUUUUUCCAUAUAAUCCCAAUGUGCCGUCGAA